AUGGCAUUCGCAGACCUCCUGGAGCAGGUGGGCAGCAUGGGACGCUUCCAGUACCUGCAUGUCACGCUGCUGUCCCUUCCUAUCCUCAUGCUGGCCAGCCACAACCUGCUGCAGAACUUUGCGGCGGCUGUGCCGCCGCACCACUGCGCUUUCCGUGGCAACCUCUCGGUCCCUGGGCUGGACACCGAGGAGACCCUGCGCAUCAGCGUGCCCCUGGACCAGCGGGGCAGGCCCCAGCAGUGCAGGCGCUAUGCCCAGCCACAGUGGCACCUGCUGGGCAGCAACAGCUCUGUGGAGCCCGAAGACAAGAUGGAGGUGAAAGAGAUGGAGACAGAGGGUUGCGUGGAUGGCUGGAACUAUGACAUGAGAGACAUGACGUCGACCAUCAUUUCAGAGUGGGAUUUGGUCUGUGACUUGCGAUCUUUGAAGCGGAUGGGACAAACUGUUUAUAUGGGAGGGGUGCUUGUAGGUGCUUUGGUCUUUGGAGGACUAUCUGACAGGUUUGGCCGCCGGGUCUUGCUUCUCAUCUCUAACCUUUUGUUGGCGGUGUCUGGGACGUGCGCUGCCUUCUCCACCUCCUUCACUAUGUUCUGUGUGUUCCGCUUCUUCUGUGGCAUGGGCCUGUCAGGCCUGAUCCUCAACUCCUUCUCCCUCAUUGUGGAGUGGGUCCCUACUCGCGUGCGGACGAUAGUGGGUACAGUCACGGGCUACUGCUACACUAUAGGCCAGAUCAUCUUAGCAAUGGUGGCUUACUACAUCCGCGACUGGCGCUGGCUCAUUCUGGCCGUCUCUCUGCCCUUCUACGCCUUCUUCCUCUACUCGUGGUGGUUCUUGGAGUCUGCGAGGUGGCUGGUCUUGAGCAAGAAGCCUGAGCAAGCAGUCAAAAAUCUCAAAGCCGUGGCUUACAUUAACGGUCGUCAUGCCGAGCGGGAAAAAAUCAACUUAGAGAUGCUGCAGGAGUCCAUGAAGAAGGAGAUGUCUUGCUCAAAGGGCAGUUACAGUGGGGUAGACCUGCUGCGUACCCAGACACUGAGAACCAUCACCAUCUGUCUCAGCGCCGUCUGGUUCUCUACAAGCUUUGCCUACUAUGGCCUAUCCAUGGACUUACAGAAAUUUGGGGUAAACAUAUAUUUGAUCCAGGUGAUCUUUGGGGCAGUGGACAUUCCGUCCAAAAUCAUUGUUACGGUGUGCAUGAGUACGAUAGGGCGGAGGCUGUCGCAGUGCGGUGCCCUCGUACUGUCUGGGGUCGCCAUCUUCAUUAAUCUGCUGGUGCCCUAUGAACUGCAAUUAGUUCGUACCACUCUGGCGGUGAUUGGAAAAGGCUGUCUGGCUGCCUCGUUUAGCUGCUGCUACCUUUACUCAGGGGAACUGUACCCCACAGUAAUCCGGCAGAACGGCAUGGGAUGGGUGACGAUGAUGGGACGCUUAGGGGCCAUGGUAGCGCCAAUGGUGCUUAUGCUGGUCGAGGUGAAGGUGUGGCUGCCGGGAUUAAUCUUUGGAGGAGUGCCCAUCCUCAGUGGGAUUUUUGCCUACUUCCUGCCUGAGACGCUCGCUUCUCCCCUUCCCGACACCAUCCAGGAUGCUGAGGACAGAGGUUUCAAAAGAAGACAUUUUAAACAAGAUUCUGAAAAAGAAGAACUGGCCCUAAAGGAGCAGAGCAACAGCCCACUGAAGGAGUUGGCUUGAGACAUGACUUCACGUUAAUCAGCCUGCCUCAGGACCAUGCAGUCAAGCUACAAUGGCAACAUCCAUAUGCCACAGCAUUAACAGUGUUGCAGCACAGUCCAGUAACUUAAGCAGAGAAGUUAACUAACAUUUGCAUUUCCGAUCUUGGUAGCAUAAUACAAAAAGACUGAGAGUGAGGCUUCCUGAAUGUAACAGACUCUAUUUUAACAUAGUAUGAGGCUAUUACUACUUUAACUGCAUUACUGAAGUAUCAGUUUUAAGUAGAACCUAUUUGAAGUAAAUGAAUAGACUAAUAGCCUGCGAUGCAUCGUCAAGAAGAGACUAAAUGAUUGUUUUUAC